CACGCCUCGUACGAUUACGCACCGUGGUAUGGGGGCUCAAGUUAUGGAUCUAACAAUGAAUACGAUGCGCUCAAGGCGAUGCGCCUUUGUGUGACGCUCGCAGGUCGCUAGGGAUGCACUAGUCUAAUGAUAAGAUCAUGUGCCUUUACAUAGCGUAUGAAUAAUUGGAUAGUCAGCUGUGUAAACCUGUUGGAUAAAAAUACGGCCCUUUCCCGUCGAUUCAUGGACAAAGACAUCAAAACCAAGGAAGAAUAGAUAUAUGCGCAUAAAAUAACUACGAGGGACGGAAAGCAACUGUAGUAAUUGUUUCUUCCGUGUUUACCCGUGUCUCUCACUCAGACGAAGAGCCUGUCUGCGAGUUUCAGCCUACAGGCCUUCACUCUCGCAACAUGGGGGACUUGGAUGACGCAACUCCGCCCAGCAAUGAGCUGGUCUUCUUUAUCAAUGGAAAAAAGGUUGUGGAAAGAGAUGUCGAGCCCGAAACCACUCUAUUAGAGUACCUUAGGAGGCGAUUACGCCUGACGGGCACGAAGCUUGGAUGUGGAGAGGGCGGCUGUGGGGCUUGUACUGUCAUGGUCUCUCAGUAUGAUCGCACCUCAAGAAAGAUCAUUCAUCACACAGUAAAUGCCUGUCUUGCCCCAAUAUGCUCAGUCCACGGCCAAGCUGUCACAACUGUCGAGGGUAUCGGCAGCACGAAGACAAGACUUCACCCAGUUCAGGAACGAAUAGCCAAAGCGCAUGGCUCUCAGUGCGGCUUCUGUACCCCUGGUAUUGUCAUGUCUAUGUACACACUCCUCAGGAACAAUCCGCAACCACAUGUAGAAGAGAUGGAAAGAGCAUUUGAAGGCAACCUGUGUAGGUGUACGGGCUACAGGCCGAUCCUCGAUGGAUUUAAGACAUUUACAAAGGAAUAUGUUUGUGGCCUUGGCACGAACUGUUGUAGAAACAAAGCAGACCAGAGUGAGGAAGAAGCUGGUGAUGGGCCAGAGAGGGAUACUAAUGGUUCAGUGACAAAGGGCAGUGGUCUGGUCCAUGAUGACAUCAACACGGAAGACUACAGGAAAAAAUACAAUAUCAACUGUGGAGAAUUCGUGACAAAAGACAGGAUAUUUGAACCUGAAUCGCUCGAGGCCUACGAUCCUUCACAGGAACCUAUCUUUCCAUGUGAACUUCAGAUUAGCGACAAAUAUGACGAAAAUACCUUGAUCAUUCGUGGAAAAACAGUAACAUGGCAUCGACCUGUGACUCUAGACCAGUUACUCCAACUCAAGUCUCAAUAUCCCUCUGCUAAAAUGGUCGUUGGCAACACAGAAGUUGGGGUCGAGGUCAAGUUCAAGAACAUGGUGUAUCCUGUCAUCAUUGCCCCCACCCAUGUAGCAGAACUCAAUCAGGUUGAAGUUGGCGAUGAUGGCAUAACCUUUGGAGCGUCAGUAACUCUAGCAAUGAUAGAUGACACUUUGAAAGAUGCAAUAAAGACGAUGCCUGAAUCAAAGACACGGUCAUUUUCAGCCAUAGUUGAGAUGUUGAAAUGGUUUGCAGGUCACCAGAUUAGAAAUGUUGCUGCAGUUGGUGGCAACAUCAUGACCGCAAGCCCGAUUUCAGAUCUGAACCCUCUCUUCAUGGCUGCUGGUGCCACCCUCACAGUAGCUUCGAAAGAUGCAGGAACACGGCUUAUCAACAUGGAUGACAAGUUCUUCCCAGGGUACAGAAUGACAGCGCUGAAGCCUGAUGAAAUCAUGUUGUCCAUUCGCAUUCCUUGCACCUCUGAGGAUGAAUACUUCUUUGGCUACAAGCAAGCACAUCGGAAGGAGGACGAUAUUGCUAUAGUCAAUGCAGGGAUGAGGGUGCUGUUUGAGGGAAGCACACCCGUCAUCAAGGAGUUGAGCGUGGCGUAUGGCGGGAUGGCACCAAUAACUGUGAUGGCUGUCAAUACUAUGCAAAAGGCGAAUGGAAGGACAUGGAAUGAAGAUCUAAUACCAGUGAUGUGCCAGUGUUUAGCUGAGGACCUACCCCUGAGGCCAGAUGCCCCGGGAGGAUCAGUCUCUUACAGGCGGACCCUGACGACAAGCUUCUUCUUCAAGUUCUAUCUCGCUGUUCAGUCACAGCUCAUAAAGAAAGGGAUAAGUGAAGUUUCAAUCCCGGAAACCUACCUGAGUGCAACCUCAGACUGCACCCGCCUUCCGACUAAGGGUACCCAAGUGUACGAAGAGGUCCUCCCAGGCCAGAGUGUGACAGACUCGUGUGGCCGGCCCAUGGUUCACAAGAGUGCUUUCAAGCAGGCAUCGGGAGAAGCCGUUUAUGUCGACGACAUGCCAGCGAUCGAUGGAGAGCUGUACCUUGGUCUCGUUCUUACUACCAUCGCCCAUGGCAAGCUUUUGAGUGUUGACACCAGCAUAGCUCUGACUGUCCCGGGCGUCCAUGCUUAUAUUGACCAUAAAGAUGUACCCGGGAAAAACACAUUUGGAGUAAUCGUUGCUGAUGAAGAGGUUUUUGUAACAGAGAAGGUCAAAUGCAUUGGUCAGGUGAUCGGAGGGAUCCUAGCCACGGACCAAGCAACAGCUCAGAAAGCAGCCAAAUUGGUGAAGGUCAAGUACGACGAGUACGAGCCGAUCAUUACAAUUGAGGAUGCUAUUGCUGCCAAAUCCUUCUUUCCCGAGCAAAAUACCUUGAAAAGUGGUGAUACAGAGGCUGGCUUUCAAAUGUCUGACCAUGUCAUCGAAGGGUCAUUCCGGAUGGGAGGCCAGGAGCAUUUCUACCUCGAAACACAUGCCUGCAUUGCUCUGCCAAAGGGAGAGGAUGGGGAGAUGGAGAUAUUUUGCAGCGCGCAGGGUCCGACUACCUUACAGGCCUCGGUGGCCAAUGUCCUUGGCGUUCCUGCCAGUCGUAUCACAGCCAGGGUCAAGCGGCUAGGAGGGGGCUUUGGAGGCAAGGAAACACGCUUUCUUGUGACUACUCUCCCGGCAGCGGUAGCUGCCAAUAAGGCAAAUCGAUCAGUUCGAAUCAUGUUGGACAGAGAUGAAGACAUGGCUAUCUCAGGGAACAGGCAUCCGUUCUUAGCGAAAUAUAAGGUCGGCUUCACAAAGGAAGGUAAACUCGUCGCUUUCGAGGUGGAGCUCUACAACAAUGCUGGGAAUUCACUGGAUCUAUCAGGAGAGGUCAUGCUGAAAGCUAUUUUCCACUCGGACAACGUCUACAAGAUUCCAAACUUCAAGUGCAUGUCUUUUUUGUGUAAGACCAACCUACCAAGCAAUAGUUCCUUUCGAGGUUUUGGCGCGCCGCAAGGGAUGCUGAUAUGCGAGGCUUGGAUAGCGCAUGUCGCUGCUACACUUGGAUUGGAGCCAGAGAAGGUGAGAGAGAUGAACAUGUAUCGAGACGGUGACUUCACCCCCAAUGGCAUGGAACUACACGAUAUCAAUAUUGACCAAUGUUGGCGGCAAUGUCUUGACCAAAGCGAUUUUCACCAGAAGAAGACGGAAGUGGCUAAGUUUAAUAGUGAAAACCGCUGGAAGAAAAGAGGCAUCGCGAUCAUUCCAACGAAAUACGGCUGUUCUUUUAGAGGCUUCUUGAAUCAAGCCGGGGCUCUGAUUCACAUCUACUUGGACGGGUCCGUGCUGCUCGCCCAUGGCGGUGUUGAGAUGGGGCAAGGACUACACACCAAGAUGAUUCAGGUUACAAGCCGCGCCCUCGGAGUGCCAACGUCUAAGAUCCACAUCAGUGAGACAACCUCAUCAACAGUACCAAACACCUCACCCACGGCGGCUAGUUUCAGUUCAGACCUGAAUGGAAUGGCGAUAACAAAUGCGUGCAACACCUUACUCGAGAGGCUUGAACCCAUCAAGAAAGAGAACCCUAAAGGUACCUGGGAGGAGUGGAUCAAUAAAGCCUACCUUUCACAGAUCAGUCUAUCCGCCACGGGAUAUUACAAGUUAGAGGGCAUCGGUGUCGAUCCGGUAACAUUGAAGGGCACAUCGAGUCAUUACUUCACAUAUGGAGUGGCCUGUUCUGAGGUCGAGAUAGACUGCUUGACGGGAGACCAUCGAGUCUUGAGGACAGAUAUCGUCAUGGAUGUCGGCACGAGUCUCAAUCCGGCUAUCGACAUCGGACAGAUUGAGGGAGCAUUUACUCAGGGCUAUGGUUUAAUGAUGCUAGAAGAACACCGCCAUUCUCCCAAAGGUUUCCUUUACACGCGAGGUCCAGGGAUGUAUAAGAUACCAGGAUUUGGUGACACUCCCAUCGAGUUCAAUGUAUCGUUGCUCAAGAAGGCAAAGAAUCCGAAGGCAGUUUACUCUUCAAAGGCAAUCGGUGAACCUCCUCUCUUCCUUGCAUCCUCUGUGUUCCAUGCCGUGAGAGAAGCUGUAACAUCAGCCCGGGCAGAUAGCGGUAUCACUGGUUACUUCAGUUUGGACAGCCCCGCAUCGGCGGAAAGGAUACGCAUGGCGUGUAUGGACAACUUCACCGAACAGUUUCAGGGUGCUGAUACUGGGACCUACACACCUUGGGAUGUGAGGGCUUGAGUCUGUUUAUGGAAUUGAGACUUUUGGAAUGACGAUCUUACAUUGCGGUUCCAAGCUCAAAGUGGGUGGCCGACCAGGGCUGGGUAUUAUUAUCAUUACAUAUAUAUACAAUUUAUGAGGAGUAUGCUGUAGGUAUUGGCUGGGUGGUUCCGACCAGGGCUGGGCAUGAGGAAUGUUCAGUGGGUAUUCGGCUAAAAACUUUACCCACCGUAUUCAGUUAUACUUUUUAACACAAAGUAUACUUCCGGCUAAAAACUUUAAUCAGUAUUGAGUUAUGCUAUCAUUUAGAAAUAUAUUUGAAUACAAAGUUUAUA